UGAGGAACAUGAGACAGAUUUGCUGCUGAGCGAGGAAGCGGCUGCCUUUUGAUAUGGAGACGAGGACCUGUACUGUGAUGCUCCCUUUGGUCUCCUGCUUCCGUUUGCUGCAGAUGUGGCCUUUCCUUCUUCUAGCCUCAGCGGUUCCCCCGCACAGCGCUUGGUCUCUUCGGCCCCGGGGUCUUUUGGCAACCCGACUGCUCUGCAGCCAUCGCAGCCCCUCAACCCCCAGAUCCAUUUGCCUCUGGGGCAAGACUCCGCCCCCCGAGAGAGGCUCCCACGCCCCCUCGCUACGCCAAAGGUCCACGGUUCCCAAAGGGGCCGAACGACGCGGCGCGGCACGUCUGAGGCGCCAAGCCCAGGGGAGCCGUCCUGCCACUCCCUCUGGGCUGGAGGAUGGCCUGUCCUCCUCGCAGUACCCCUGGGCCAUUGUCUGGGGCCCCACGAUAUCGGUCGAGGACGGAGGGGAUCCCAACUCGGCCAACCCGGCGCCGCUGGGCUACACCUUUGUCUCAUCCAGCGGGAUGGCGACGGCGCAACCCAAUUCGCACUCACUGCUACAGAACGAAGGGCUUAACUUGCGCCAAACGCCGGCCACGCUCCGGCCCUUCCUCUUUGGGCCCCGAGGAGAAGGGGUGGAUCCGCAGCUGUACGUCACCAUUACGAUCUCUGUCAUUAUCGUCCUCGUUGCCGUGGCGAUAAUACUCAAAUUCUGCUGGGACCGGAACCAGAAGCGGCGACGCCAUUCGAGCCAGCAAAGCGGGCCGCCGCAGCAGCAAGGUAGCCAGCAACCGCUGACAGAUCUCUCGCCCUCUGCAGUUAGCAUCCUGGGGUCCUACGGGGACUCUCAGACUCCCCCGCCGGAGAUGACCGAGACCGGGCAGGUCCUGGAGGGCCUGGACAAGCUAGAGGGGAUCGGGAAGACCAGUGCCUUCCAGCUCAACAGGAUCCCACUGGUGAACCUGUAG